AUGGCGGAGUUUCCAGAGCUUUGGCGGUCGGCUCAGGAGUUCCAGCAGCUGCAAAGCUCCGCCGAGGACUUGCUCCGCUUGUGGCAGGUGGUGGGAGUCUCCAUUGAAGCUCAAGAUGCUGACGCCAAGGCGAUCUUGGCGGCGGCAUUGGAGACCUGCGAGGGCUGCUGCUCCAGGUGGAACCUUCGGCGUGCGGAGUUAGAGAAGGAAUGCCAGGAGUUAGACAUUGCUCUUCGAAAGAGUCUUCAAGAGCUGGCAGAAGGAAGCUUCGCUGAGGAGUUGCGCCGGGCCAACGACUUGGCGCUGCAGCCCCGUGCCACUGAGCUGAAGGGGCUCGUUCAGGCUGCCUCAGGCGCAUGGGAAGAGCAGGAGCAGCUGCGGAGGGAUUUGGCGGAGGCCUGUGCUGCUAUGGGUUUGGAUUCCUCUUUGAUCAAUGUGGAGCAACUCACUCCGGAGCAGCUGCAGAAAGAAGUUCAGAGACGGAAGGAGCAAGUGCAGCAGCAACUGGAGGAGAUGGCCAUGGCACUGGGCUUGGACCCUGAAGACUUCCAGCUGGAGGACCUGGCCAGCAUGGCAGCCAAGCUUAAGGACUUCCAGACGGAGUUGUCUUCCUUGAAAGACACUGCAAUCCAAAAUGCCUGCCGUGCUCGAGACAUUUGGGUGGAGCUCCGCUUGGCUCCCCAGCUCCUGCGUGACCAGCACGCCGCCGAGCUCAGCGAAGCCCACGACGCACCCGCCGUCACCGCCGCGGUGGGCGCCGCGGUGCGACGGAGCCUGGACGCCUGGGAGGCUCAGCGUGAGGAGGCUGUGAAGGAAGCUGAGUCGGUGCACCAGCUCAUCCGUGGCCACGCCGCACCACCAGAGGCAGAGGCAUUUUUGGCCGAGCAUAGUGGUCUUCACCAAGAGGAUUUGGAACGCUGCCGGUCGAAGGUCCAGGAUCUGCGCAGAGCCUGCCGCGACGCGGAGAAGCCCAUCCGUCAACACCUUCGUCAGCUUUACCAUCAGACGGGAUGUGCCCUAGAGAACCUGGAGGCCUGCUACCAGGAGGUGGAGCAGAGUGGCACGUCGCGGCAGAGGAAGAAGAUCCUGGAGAAGGAAACGCGGCGGAUUGAGGAUUACAAGGAGUCCGUAAGCGCGAUCCUGGGGCAGCGGGAGGAGCUCAAGGCCUUGGUCCUGGCGGGCGAAAGCUUCGAACGCCAGGCGCAAGCGGGACCAGGACGCUGGGUCGGAAGUUCCAAGCACUUUUUGGAGGAGGAGAAGUUCCGCAAGCGUUUCUUGAAGCAAUACCCGCUGCUGCGUGAUAAGAUCAUUGAGUCCAUCGAGGAAUGGGAAGGUAGCAACGAGAAGAUCUUCACCCACAAGGGCAUCGGGCUGGGCGAUCGGCUUCGGGAGUUGCGAGAUCAUCCAGUGGCGUUGGCCUCCGCUAAGGGCGACCUUUCCAUCAUGGGACGCUUGGCAAGCCCUGGGCAUUCCACAAGAGUCCCCGGCACCAAGCAAGAGCCGACCGCAGGUGAAGACCCCCACGAGCCCCAGUGA